AUGGUCAAAUAUUCCCAGGUGCUAUGGUCACUUUUGUUCUUCAUCAUGCUACAUUUGGCGCUCCUGUCUGUUCCAGGUGCUCGUGUUUGGUGGCCACCACAUGGAGUUAUUAAGAUCAAGUGUCCUUACAAGAAAGUAAACUUGAGCUGGUUUAAUAAAACAGUGGACCCUUGCCCCAACUUAAAGCAGCCCAUCUGUGGCACCAAUUUCGUAACAUAUGAUAAUCCCUGCAUCUUAUGUUUUGAGAGCUUGAAAUCUCAUGGGAGAAUUAGAUUUUAUCAUGAUGGAAGGUGCUAG